AUGAGUCGCGCCGGCAAGCUUGCCCCGGAGGUCAACCGAGCUUUAUUCGUAAAGAAUCUAAGCUACAACGUCACGCCCGAGGAUUUAUUCGAGCUCUUCGGCAAAUUCGGGGCCAUUCGCCAGGUCCGACAAGGCAUCGCGACGAACACCAAGGGCACUGCUUUCGUUGUCUAUGAAGACGUAAUGGAUGCGAAGCAAGCUUGCGACAAGCUGAACGGCUUCAACUUCCAGAACCGAUACCUGGUCGUAUUAUAUCAUCAGCCAGAGAAGAUGAUCAAGUCAAGAGAAGAUCUCGAGGCCCGCAAGGAGAGUUUAGCUCAGCUCAAGAAGCGCGAGGGUAUCGAUUGA